AUGGCUUCUCCGGCUGUCAAGAAAGCGAUCACCGAGGCCGCACUCCAGUACACAAAGCCUGAAGGCAAGGUGUUUGAGUAUGGAACCGCAGGAUUUCGCAUGAAAGCGGAUCUCCUCAACACUGUUGUUUUCGCCGUGGGCUUGCUUGCAAGCUUGCGCUCUAAAAAGCUCAGUGGACAAUGGAUUGGUGUUAUGGUCACUGCCAGCCACAACCCCGCAGAGGACAAUGGUGUUAAGUUGGUUGACCCGAUGGGAGAGAUGCUCGAGGCCGAGUGGGAGGCUUAUGCGACAAGGCUCGCCAAUGCUCCUUUGGAAUCGAUCGCCGAUGUCUACGAUGAGCUCGUGAAAGAGAUCGAUGUGAAGAUUGCCAACCCUGCCCGUGUGGUCUUUGCCCGUGAUACCCGUGCUUCUGGUUCCCGUCUGGUUGGCGUGUUGAGCGCCGCCCUUACCGCAACUGAGGUCGAAUUCAUCGACUUCAAGUUCAUGACCACCCCUCAGCUCCACUACGUCGUCCGCUGCAAGAACACCCUUGGAACACAGUACGAAUAUGGUGAGCCUACUGAGCAGGGAUACUACGAAAAGCUCGCAAACUCCUUCAAGAAGGUUAUGCGGGGCGUCAAAGUUCAGGGUGGCUUGACCGUUGACUGCGCCAACGGCGUAGGUGGUCCCAAGCUGCGGGAGCUUAUGAAGUUCCUUUCUGGAAUCGAUAUUAAGGUUGUCAACGACGAUGUGAUCAAUCCCGACAGCUUGAACUUUGAUUGCGGUGCCGACUACGUUAAGACUAAGCAGCGUGCUCCUCCUUCAUCCAAGGCUGCCCAGCUUGACCGAUGUGCUUCGCUUGAUGGUGACGCCGAUCGCCUGGUCUACUACUUCCAGGACGAGAGCAACGUCUUCCGUCUUCUCGACGGUGACCGCAUCGCCACUCUUGCGGCCUCCUUCAUUGGUGACCUCGCUCGCAGUGCCGGUAUUGCUUCCAAGAUGAAGAUUGGUGUCGUCCAGACUGCCUACGCCAACGGCUCCAGCACAGACUACAUUGAAAAGGUCCUGAAGCUCCCCAUCAUCUGCACCAACACUGGUGUCAAGCACCUCCACCACGCCGCCCUCCGCUUCGAUGUUGGCGUCUACUUCGAGGCUAAUGGCCACGGAACCGUUACAUUCUCCGAGAAUGCUCUGAAGGUCAUCAAGAACACUGAGCCCCAGUCGCCGGCGCAGCAGCACGCCCUGGAGAGCCUCCAGGCACUGACCGACCUGAUCAACCAGGCUGUCGGCGAUGCUCUUUCUGACAUGCUCCUUGUCGAAGCCAUCCUUGCCCACAAGGGCUGGUCUCCCAAAGAGUGGCUCGGCACUUACACCGACCUCCCCUCGCGCCUGGUGCGUGUCGAGGUCAACGACCGCUCUAUUUUCAAGGCUUACGAUGCUGAGCGUAAGCUCGAGUCCCCUGUUGGCCUGCAGGGUACCAUUGAGUCUUUGCAGUCUCGCUACAACAAGGGCCGCAGCUUUGCCCGUGCCAGUGGCACUGAGGAUGCUGUCCGUGUCUACGCUGAGGCUGCUAGCCGAUCUGAGGCGGAUGACCUGGCCACUCGCGUGGCCAACGCCGUCAGUGAGGCAGGCAGUGCCUAA